AUGCUAGAGGUCGUGGGAGCCAUGCUAGAGGUCGUGGGAGCCAUGCUAGAGGUCGUGGGAGCCAUGCUAGAGGUCGUGGGAGCCAUGCUAGAGGUCGUGGGAGCCAUGCUAGAGGUCGUGGGAGCCAUGCUAGAGGUCGUGGGAGCCAUGCUAGAGGUCGUGGGAGCCAUGCUAAUAACCCCUCCUAUCCUCCCUUCCUCCCUAACCAUGGCCAACAGGUUUCUCCACCUCCCCUCCAUCCCGCUCUCCCUACCCCUCUCUCCGUCCAUCUUCCUCUACCUUCUCCCCCCAUUACUUCUUCUCCUCCACCUCCCUGGGUCCGUCCGGGGGGACUGCUGGCUGAUCGAGGGGGAUAAAGGCUACGUGUGGCUGGCCAUCUGCAGUCAGAACCAGCCCCCGUACGAGACCAUCCCCCAGCACAUCAACAAUACGGUCCAUGACCUGAGGUUGAAUGAGAACAAGCUGAAAGCAGUGCUAUUCCACUCCAUGUAUCGCUUCACCAACCUCACGGACCUCAACCUCACCAAGAAUGACAUCUCUUACAUAGAGGACGGGGCCUUUACCCAUCAGGCCAACCUACAGGUCCUCCAGUUGGGUUACAACAAGCUGACCAACCUGACAGAGGGGAUGAUGCGUGGCCUGGGCCGCUUGCAGUGCCUCUUCCUCCAGCACAACCUCAUCGAGGUCAUUGACAACAAAGCAUUCGAGGAGUCCAGCUCCAGCCUCAGCAGCAUCGACCUCUCGUCCAAUAAGCUGGCCCGGAUCGAUCCGUCAACUUUCACCGUGCUAAACCGGUUAAUGGUCUGCGAGCUAGCAGGAAAUCCUUUCCAUUGUGGAUGUGAUCUGUAUAGUUUUCUUACUUGGUUGGAGGCAUUUAAUAAUGUGACACAUACAUACGACAGGCUGCAGUGCGAGACCCCUGGCGAGCUGUUUCUCUACCCGCUCCUGAGCCCCGUGGCCGGGCACGGACGCAGCGCUCGCACCAUGCUCUCCACCAUCUGUCGCGACGGCAUGAUCAUACCCGGGAUCACGUCUCAACCCGGCACCGACUGGGAGGGCUCCGGGAUGGGCCCAGAGAUGGACGGCCGGGCCGGGCCGUAUCAUCAGCCAACAGCUUCGUCCACGGCCGACCCUAACUUCAACCCCAGCAUCAAACUCCAGUGGGUCACUCUGUCUGCAGCCAAGCUGUUGGUCCAGAUCCCUAAACCAUACAGCAAGAUGUACGUCCUGGUCCAAUACAACCAGAGCUUCGUCUCGGACAUCCAGAACCUCAAGGAGAAGAAGGAGAAGGUGACGCUGGUGGAUCUGAAACCUCACACCAACUACACCUACUGCGUGGUGUCUAUAAGUAAAAACCAGCGCAACAACCACACGUGCAUCUUCUUCGCCACGCGAGAGGCUGACCCUGACGACCACCACGCCAACCCGUCAACCAUGACGCAUUACAUCAUGACCAUCCUGGGGUGUCUGCUGGGGAUGGUGAUCGUGCUCGGGCUCGUCUACUACUGCCUGAGGAAGCGUCGGAUGCAGGAGGAGAAGGAGAAGGCGAUCAGCGUGAAGAAGACCAUCUUGGAGAUGCGGUAUGGACCGGAGGCUGCAGCACAGGCAGCUAACGACCCGGCAGCCAUGCAGCAUCUCCAGGAACAGGCUCAGAACCAGGGGCACCACGGAGGUCACCUCCACGGAGGAGGGGGUGGCGGGGGUAAUAAACUUCCCCCCUCCGCCUCCUCCAGCUCCGGAAUGCUCCACGGUUCGGCCAACACCACCUCCUCCCGCCUCUCGACGCUCCCCCAAGUGGAGAAGAUGGCCACAGCAUUCGGUGAAGCCAUGGCAACCAAUAAAGGGAACUAUAUGGACGUGAGGACUGGGGCAGGAUUAUCGGGAGACGGGGGAGGAGGAGGAGGGGGGGAGGCGAUACUGGUGGAUAUGCGAGGCAUCAACGGUUGCAGUGAAGACGGAAUGGACGUUGGGAAUGAUUCGGAUGACGAUGGGCACGGAUCUGCAUCGGAGAUCUCGACGAUCGCCAUGGAGGUCGACAAAGUCAACCAGAUUAUCAACAACUGUAUCGACGCGCUCAAGCUCGACUCCCUUGUUGCCACGACAACAUCUGGCGACAACCCUACUUCUCCUCCACCUGUUUGUAUCACCUCCCUUGCUCGGAACCUCAUCCCCCUCUCCCAAGGCCUCGCUGACACCUGCCAGAUGCUCGCCUCCUCUCCCAAAAUCCAUGCCCCUCCCACGAUGACCCCCGUCCCCCUCGUCAUGCCCCUCUCGGAGCGUCCCGGAAUCAGCGGAGGGGGGUUUCUUUCGCCCCCCUACAGGGACCCACCACCGGCGAAUGCCGUACGACCCUUACAGAGGCAGCUGAGCGAUACAGGUGUGGUGGUCAUGGGUGCUGGGAAGAACCGAUGUAACGUGUCCUCGGCUGGAGGAUCCAUGAAGAGCACCAGGAUCUUCAGUCUGGAUGUCCCGGAGCCCCGCAGCCCGGGCCCCAACUCCUGCCCUCCAUACCCAGAGAAGGGGAGCCCUGUUGGGUGUGGGGAAACCAUGGAGAGGCUCCCUCUUGUGGGUGGAAAUGGUAGUGGUUGUGGUAGUGGUGGUGAUGGAAACGGGAUGGGUUGUGGUGGUGGGAACGGAAUGGGAGGAGGGGUUAAUGAAGGUGGGGUGAAUGUCAAUGGAGGACCGGGAAAGCAGCAGCAGCAUCAUCAUCUGGAGGUACAUCCAGACUACCACUGUUCUGAGCACAGGCACUCCUUCCCCGCCCUCUACUACGAGGGAGCCAACGACGCCCCCUCUCCCUCCCCAUCCCAGAAGGCCUCCUUCCUCAAACCCCUGGGACGUACCAAAAGGGACCCUGCCGCCUACUCCCAGCUCUCCCCUUCCCGGCACCACAACUACUCCGGCUACUCUUCCAGCCCCGAAUAUUCCUCGGAAAACACCCUUCGAAUCUGGGAGAGGUUCCGGCCACACAAGAAAGGCCCUCGCGACCCUCGCGAAGAGGCGACGUAUAUCGCUGCAGGCCACGCCUUGAGGAAGAAGGUUCAGUUUGCGAAAGACGAGGACCUCCAUGAUAUCCUCGACUACUGGAAGGGGGUGUCGGCCCAGCAGAAGCUGUGA